AUGUCGGCACUCCUUUACGCCAAAUUUAGAGUUGGCGCCCCGGAAUUGAAACAGAUUGGGUUGGAGAUUCAGAAGAGAGCUGUUCCGCCCCUGGACCCGGACCAAGGCGCGGAGGCCGAAUACCAAAGUCUACUCAAUGAGCUCCACUCUAACUACGCUGCCAUUCGCAGCAAGUUGAUAAUCCCCCUGGUGCAAAAGAACCUGAACGAUAUAGCACAGGCCCCGAGUACGUCGAAGGACCUUGUUUCCUUUGCACGCGGUAGCAUCAGCUAUAUCCGUGGUAUCUGUCUGGAUGAGUUUGACCUGUGGAGUGAAUGGUUUCACGGGUAUGGGGGCUUGUAUGACUUCCUGGAGGCAAUCUGCGAACCAUUAUAUGACCAUCUCCGACCGCGGAUUAUACAUGAGGAUAAAAUCAUUCGGCUAUGUCAACUGUGCACUCUACUGCAAACUCGGUAUUUGUUCGACCAGGACGAGGAGGCUGAAAGCCCGGACGCAAAUCAACUCGACUUCCACUCUCUGAUCCAACCAGCCCUGGAGGAUGUCCAAACUCGCUUAGUGUUCCGUGCGCAAGCCUUCCUUCGUGAUGAGAUCGAACGAUAUAAGCCUCGUCCGGAAGAUCUUGAUUACCCUGCACGUAACAAACAGGUGUCGAUAUCAGUCACAGAAGGCCAAAUAUCGGGUCGGAAGAUUGCUCCUGCCGACGCCCUGGUGAAUAUAUCCAAACCAACAAAGCAGAGUGAGGAUGGCGCGGAUCCCUCUGAGCAGGACUCAAAGUGGGAUUUUGAAUCUCAAGCAGCUUUCAGUGGUUGGUACCCAACACUGCGGAAAGCCAUUUGGCUUUUAAGCAGAAUUUACCGGCUGGUAAAUUCUACUGUUUUUGAUGACCUAGCGCAUCAGAUUGUCCACCAGACAAACGACUCCCUCCACCAAGCAAGCUCUUUGAUCUCCAGCAAAUCUUCGCCUGUGGAUGGACAGCUCUUUCUCAUGAGUCAUCUGCUCAUCCUCAAGCAGCAGAUUGUUGCUUUCGACAUCGAAUAUGUUGCACCUGAAGUAUCGUUCGACUUUUCAGCCAUGACCAGUACUUUCUGGGAACUUCGAGAGCGAGGUGGUCUAUUUAAUCCACGCAAUCUCAUGCGUCUCGUCGGACAUGGACUACUCCCUCGUGUUGUGGAGAACAUGCUCGACGCCAAGGUUGAGCUUGAUGGACGUCUCCGGACGGUCAUCAACGACUUCAUCAACGGGUUCGCCACGAAAAUGACGGCCUCGCUACCGGCAAAGUUUGUUGACACACGGAAUCUCCAACGCGGGGAACUGAUCUACCCUACCUGCCGGAAUAUCGAAAAGGAAGUCCCGGAGCUGCGCAAAAUUCUGAGCGAUUACCUCGAUGAUGCCCGGAUGAAGGAGACGCUGGUUGGCGCCGUGCAGGAUCGCGUGAUCCAAAUCUAUGAGGAUUUCUUCGGCAAGUACACCUCUUCAGAGAAGAGCAAGGGAAAGCCUGUCAGCAAGAAGGGCAAGGGCCGCGAGGAUGCUGUGUGGGACGUGGAUACAUUUGCAGAGUGGUGUGAGGGUGUUUUCCGCGUUGGGAUCUACGGACCCGAUGAUGAUGACGAUGUGUUUGCGAGUCGCAGCCGAAAGGAGUCAUCUCUUGGCCCAAUUAUCUCGCAGAUGGCUUCCCUGACCAGCGACGAUUACACAGUCGCGUGGAUAUGUGCCUUACCGUUGGAGGUAGCAGCAGCAAGAGUCAUGCUUGACAAAAUCCACCGUCCCUUCCGCCCACCGUCCACAGAUCCCAACGCCUACGUGUUUGGUGAACUUAAUGGCCAUUUCGUCGCCAUCGCCUGCCUACCUACAGGCAUAUAUGGAACCGUAUCUGCUGCUACUGUUAUGGCGCAUAUGUGUUCCACUUUCCGUCGGAUCCAGUUUGCGCUUCUGGUGGGAAUCGGAGGCGGUGUUCCAAGCACACAGAAUGACAUUCGACUAGGAGAUGUGGUGGUCAGCAAGCCAGUGGGCAAGAACAGUGGAGUGAUCCAGUAUGACUACGGCAAGACGGUGCAGGGCGGAAAGUUCGAGCAGACCGGCAUGUUAAACCACCCGCCGCAGGCUCUUUUGACCUAUAUGGCCUAUUUACAGGCCGCUCAAAUGACAAAACAUGAUGAGACGAUUUCAAAGAUUGUGGGCGAUGUAUUGGCACGGAAUCCAGAUAUGAGAGAAAAAUUUGGGCCCCCAGAUCAGGAAAGAGACUACCUCUUUUCUGCCUCCUACCACCAUCUCAACAAUGGUAGCGACUGCGACAAGUGUGACAAGGAGCAAUUAAUCGCCCGAAAGCCGCGUGACCAAACACCUCAGGUCCACUACGGGUUGAUUGCCUCUGGAGAUCAGGUUAUGAAAGAUUCGGAAACACGCGACCGCCUCGCCCAACAGUUUGGAGUAUUGUGCUUUGAGAUGGAGGCAGCAGGUCUUAUGAAUCAGCUGCCCACUCUCGUGAUCCGUGGGAUUUGCGACUACUGCGACUCCCAUAAGCAAAAGGACUGGCAAGGAUAUGCAGCUUUAACAGCAGCUGCCUAUACAAAAUCCCUAUUGUCAGUCGUACCUUCUUCGACGGAUCCGAGCCAGCCGAAGAACAACAGAAUGGGUCAUUGGAUGGUCCCACUGGCAAGGAAUCCACGAUUUGUCGGCCGUCAGGAAGAAAUCACCAAAGUACAAGAACUCAUCAUGGCAUCAGAUGGGCCUCGCCAGAUCGCCAUCACUGGCCUAGGAGGGGUGGGUAAGACACAAAUAGCCUUGGAACUGGCGUAUCGCAUACGGGACCUAGAUAAGGCGUGCUCGAUUUUCUGGAUUCCAUGCACUAGUCUUGGAAUGAUCGACCAGGCGUAUCUAAAUAUCGCACAGACACUUGGACUGUGUGAUGUGAAUCCCGCUCAGGUCAAUGCACAGAUCAAGACAUACCUUAGCUCUGAGCGUGCCGGGAAGUGGCUUCUGAUUUUUGAUAAUGCAGAUGAUAUGGAUAUGCGGCCUACUCUCGAAGACGCUCUCCCGGAAAGCGAACAUGGCUGUGUCCUGUUCACUACCCGAAACCGAAAACUCGCAGUUGAAUUGGCGUCCUCCGAUACCAUUCCCAUCCCAGAUGUGGAUAGAGAUACCGCGUUGAAAAUCCUGGAAAAGUCCCUGAUCGAUCAAGCUUUGCUGAAGGAUAGUGAAACGACAGUGGCUCUUCUGAAACAACUGACCUUCCUCCCGUUGGCAAUCGCGCAGGCGUCAGCGUACAUCAACAAAAAUUCACUAGAUCUGUCCACCUACCUGAAGCUUCUGCAGGAAAAAGAGCCAGACAUAGUGAACCUUCUAAGUGAAGAUUUCAAGGAUGCAGGACGCUAUAAGGAUAUACAGAAUCCUGUGGUUACUACAUGGUUAAUCUCGUUCGAACAAAUCCAGCGUCAGAAUCAACUAGCAGCGGACUUUUUGUCUUUCAUGGCGUGUAUCAAUCCGCGCAACAUCCCUUAUUCUCUCCUUCCUUCAUCAACAUCUAAGAAACGCAAAGCUGAUGCGCUGGGGCUUUUGAGUGCCUAUUCAUUCACAAACGCGCAAGAUAUGGGUAUAAGCUUGCACAGACUUGUGCAUAUUGCAGUACGGAACUGGCUUAAAAAGAGUUCGGUCUUUAGCCACUGGAUCCAAAGAGUGGCUGACCGGAUGGCCGAAGUUUUCCCAAAUAGUCACUAUACUAACAGGGGACUUUGGCGGCAGUAUCUUCCCCAUGCGUUAUCACUUGUGCACGACGAGGAGUUCAGACUGCAGCGAGAGCACUACCUUAAUCUCCUUGACAACAUGGCCUGUUGUCUUCUCAGUGACGGCCGCUAUCACGAAGCGGAACUACUCCUUACAGACCUGAUGGAAAUGAGGAUUGAGAAACAUGGUCACGAAUGUCACAGUACUUUCCUCAGCAUAGCAAGAUUAGCAGAAACAUACUGCUACCAGGGACGAUGGUUUGAAGCUGAAGAGCUACAGAUACGGGCGUUAGAGAUAGGGAAAACAGUGCUAGGGGCUGAACAUCCCGAUACUCUAACCUGCAUGAAUGACCUCGCAUUAACCUGCUGGAGCCAAGAACGAUGGACCGAAGCUGAAGAGCUAGGGAUACAGGUGCUGGAGAUACGGAAGAAGUGCUAG